AACAACGACUAGCCGGUUUUGUUUUCCAUCGCCACGCUGCAGUUUCCUCUGCCGUCCUACGCGCUCUUCCAGAUUCCCUCCUAGGUUUAAGUUUCAGAUCUCUUUAUAUGUCACUUUUUCUCUCUGGCAGUCGGACUGUGAAGGUGUUUUUGGUUCUUCAGGCUUUUCUUUAAUCUUCUUGGUCAUUUCUUUAAUGUUCAAUUACAGUUCCAGGGUAAUUUUGACCUGUGGUUUUCGACUGGAACUUCUUUUUUCACCUUGCUGAAUUUUGGAUGAUGGUUGGGCAUCAAUGUUUAUGGAAGAUUGAAUUCUGAAUAAUGGAGUUUGGUUUGUGAGCAAGUAAAUGGAGAACAAUGGAGAAGUAGAUGGAAGGUCUGUGGGAGGUCCUUUUGAUACUGAAAUGUAAAGGGACCCAGUUACCAAUUUAUCGUAUUUAAGCCAUUUGGAAGCAAGGGAUUUAGGCUUUUCACCAUCACUUCGUCCUGGCUUGCAUCAUUAUAGUUUUGCACCUAUAAAAUAUGAUGACAACAUCCUUCUUCACAAAGAUCAAGACAUUGAUUUAUCUAGAUCAAAUACAGAUAAGAGAGAAACCACAAAGUGCGACUUAAUGUUGGACAUGCUAUCAGAGAAGGAAAAGAAAAUGAUAAUGGAGGACUUGGUCAAAAUCCAGAAUAAUGGCACUGUGGAGGUUCAUGUAGCUCAGAAUGCUCCAGUAGCAACAGAAUUGUUGAAACUUGAUGCUAUUGAUUUUUCAUAUUCUGAGUUCGAAGAUGAUAUAUAUGGAUUCAACAAAUCAAUCCCUAAACUGAAGAUUGCAAUGCUUGUUGUUGGAACAAGAGGAGAUAUACAACCUUUCAUAGCUUUUGCAAAGAGAUUGCAGGAAUUUGGUCAUCAUGUUAGGUUGGCAACUCAUGUUAACUUCCAAAAUUUUGUACGGUCAGCUGGUGUUGAUUUUUAUCCUUUAGGAGGUGAUCCUCGGAUAAUGGCUGGAUAUAUGGUAAGAAACAAGGGUUUUCUACUAUCCCGUCCGGCAGAAAUAUCGAUACAAAGGAAGCAGCUUAAGGAGAUUAUAAAUUCUCUCCUCCCUGCAUGUACAGAACCCGACUUAGAAACUGGUGUACCCUUCAGAGCUCAAGCACUUAUUGCAAAUCCUCCUGCUUACGGGCAUGCACAUGUCGCUGAAGCUCUCGGUGUGCCUCUUCAUAUCUUCUUCACAAUGCCUUGGACGCCAACAAGUGAGUUCCCUCAUCCUUUGGCGCGUGUUCCUCAGAGUGCUGCGUAUAGGCUUUCUUAUCUUGUCGUGGACCUAAUUGUUUGGUGGGGGAUCAGGGGGUAUAUUAAUGACUUCAGAAAAAGAAAACUGAAGUUGCCCUCAAUUGCUUACUUCAGCACGUAUCAUGGAUCAAUAUCACAUUUGCCAACAGGUUACUUAUGGAGUCCCCACCUCGUCCCUAAGCCAAACGAUUGGGGCCCCUUAGUAGAUGUUGUUGGCUUCUGUUUCUUAAACCUUGGAGCAAGGUACCAACCAUCAAAAGAGUUUGAGCAAUGGCUUCUGCGAGGAUCAAAACCUUUAUAUAUCGGAUUUGGUAGCAUGCCAAUUGAAGAUACAAAGAAGAUAACGUGCAUCAUAUUGGAGGCGCUACGUGAGACUGGACAGAGAGGAAUUAUUUCCCGUGGUUGGAGUGAUCUUGGAAGCAUUUCUCAGUUUCCUACGGAUGUUUUCUUCAUAGAUGAUUGUCCUCAUGACUGGUUGUUUCCUCGGUGCACUGCAGUGGUUCACCAUGGUGGAGCUGGUACAACAGCUGCAGGACUAAGAGCUGGGUGUCCCACUACUGUUGUGCCUUUCUUUGGGGACCAAUUCUUCUGGGGCGAAAGGAUACUUGCAAGAGGAGUUGGACCUCAACCUAUUCCCAUAUCAGAGCUCAAUGUUGACCGUCUUUCUAAUGCCAUAAAAUUUAUGCUUGAACCAGAGGUGAAGCUACGAGCAAUGGAGUUGGGCAAACAGAUUGAAAAUGAAGAUGGCGUAGUUGGAGCAGUCAAUGCUUUCCAUAGGCAUUUACCAACAAAACUACCCAUACCUCCUUUCCCGCCUGCAUCUGAGGAACUUCCACACCCGUUCCAAUGGCUUCUUACAGUCAUAGAGAAAUGGUGCUGUCUUCCCUUCACUAUGUUAUAAUGGUAACUAUUGUCGUCACUGUACAUAUUAUUUAAUUUUGUCUUUCUCUUCCCAUUUAUUUAUCAUUCCAUUAUUGAUAUCCUGUGAAUAAUCGGCAGUUCAUAAUUUUUCAAACGGUAGUUUGUGCAAUUUUCGGCUGUAAUGAAUUGAGAGUUUUGAGUAUUUAUAAGCAAUAGAUCUGUAUGUUUGUAUGGCUUUUGCCAAAAACCUGACAGUUUAAAAGAAAUACUCAAUGGUUAUGGUCGUUUUUGUCGCUUUA